AUGGCAGCCGAUAUGAGCGGCGAGCAGAUGCAGGCCAAGAUUACCGCGGCCAGGCGCGAAGCUGAAGGCCUUAAGGACAAAAUCAAGCGCAGAAAAGAUGAGCUGGCAGAUACAACCCUUCGUCAGGUUGCGCAGAACCAGACCGACACCUUACCUCGCAUCGGAAUGAAGCCUCGACGGACGCUCAAAGGCCACCUGGCCAAGAUCUACGCCAUGCACUGGUCAACUGACCGUCGUCAUUUAGUGUCCGCCUCGCAGGACGGUAAAUUGAUUAUCUGGGAUGCCUACACCACCAACAAAGUCCAUGCCAUUCCUUUGAGAUCAUCGUGGGUGAUGACCUGCGCUUAUGCUCCAAGUGGUAACUACGUGGCGUGUGGAGGUCUCGACAACAUCUGCUCUAUCUACAACCUCUCCUCCCGCGAAGGCCCGACCCGUGUCGCGCGGGAACUGUCGGGGCACUCGGGCUACCUCUCGUGCUGCCGUUUCAUUAACGACCGUCGCAUUAUCACCUCCUCUGGUGACAUGACAUGCAUGCUGUGGGAUAUUGAGUCAGGAUCCAAGGUAACUGAGUUCGCGGAUCACCUGGGAGAUGUCAUGUCGAUCAGCAUCAACCCCACGAACCAGAAUAUCUUUGUUUCCGGUGCCUGCGACGCUUUCGCCAAGCUCUGGGAUAUCCGUACCGGAAAGGCCGUUCAGACUUUUGCCGGACACGAAUCAGAUAUCAACGCCAUUCAAUUCUUCCCCGACGGAAACGCUUUUGGAACAGGUUCUGAUGACACCUCCUGCCGUCUCUUCGACAUCCGUGCGGAUCGGGAGUUGAACAUCUACCAGAGCGAUCAAAUUCUCUGUGGCAUCACGUCUGUUGCUUUCUCGGUCUCUGGACGAUUGCUCUUCGCCGGUUAUGAUGACUUCGAGUGCAAGGUCUGGGAUGUUCUUCGAGGUGACAAGGUCGGUUCUUUGAGCGGCCACGAAAACCGUGUCAGCUGCCUUGGAGUCAGCAAUGACGGCAUCAGUUUGUGCACUGGCUCCUGGGAUUCUCUUGUAAGUGCCUUGAAAGCGUUAAAAACUCCCAUUGUUAUUUCGUUUUGUUGUUUUUCUUGUCUCAUUUCACAAUUACUGAUAUUUCUAUUCGUGGUACAGCUCAAGGUUUGGGCCUGGUAA